ACGGCCCCGAGCCGCGCCCCGGCACAGGCGGCGAGCGAAGCCGAGCGGAGCGCGGCGGGCUCAGCGCAGCGCAGCGGGAUCGGCCGGCGAGGCGGCGGCGCGCGGUCGGCGGGGAGCGGAGGCGCUGUCGCUGUCCGGUAUUGAGGGUGAUUUAUCUCUUGCAUCAUGCGUGAAUACAAGCUAGUGGUUCUUGGUUCUGGAGGUGUUGGAAAGUCUGCUCUGACUGUGCAGUUUGUUCAAGGAAUAUUUGUUGAAAAAUACGAUCCUACGAUAGAAGAUUCCUACAGAAAGCAAGUUGAAGUAGAUGCACAACAGUGUAUGCUUGAAAUCUUAGAUACUGCAGGAACGGAACAGUUUACAGCAAUGAGAGAUCUGUACAUGAAAAAUGGACAAGGUUUUGCAUUAGUAUAUUCCAUCACAGCUCAGUCCACAUUUAAUGAUUUACAGGAUCUAAGAGAACAGAUUCUUCGAGUCAAAGACACUGAUGAUGUGCCGAUGAUUCUGGUUGGCAAUAAGUGUGACUUGGAAGAUGAAAGAGUUGUGGGAAAGGAACAAGGUCAGAACCUAGCAAGGCAAUGGAAUAACUGUGCAUUCUUAGAGUCUUCUGCAAAAUCAAAGAUAAAUGUUAACGAGAUCUUUUAUGACCUUGUGCGACAAAUUAACAGAAAAACUCCAGUGCCUGGAAAAGCACGCAAAAAGUCAUCAUGUCAGCUACUUUAAUGCUUAGCUGUACUGUAGCUCUGAGCCAGGUCUGAAGAACUGUUGCCCAAUUCAACAGUGCCAGCAUUCCAACUUUAUUAAACCUACCAACAUCUUAAAUGGACUUUCCUGUGGUGGUACCCUUUAAGAAAUGGAUGAAAGCUACAUCAGUUUGCACAUUCUAUCACUUUCCAGUGUCAUGAGAGAUUUUUACUUCUAAAUAUUCUGUGUAUGCAACUGGUAAAACCAGAGCCUACAUCCAGUAUUACUGAUAAAGAGACAUUGUUCAUCCACCAAUGUUGUACAUGUAUGAAAACUGUGUACUGUAUACUUCAACAAUCCCCACUUUCUAUUGGAGAGUACAAUAAUGUAAAUCCUAAAAGCACCACUAUUUUAGCAUAAUAAAAGAAAGUCCAAAGAGCUCCUAUAUAGACUACUCCAGAUAACUUUGCUUCAUCGGUAUUUGUAGCUUAUUGUAACUUUUUUAAAGAAGUACAGGAUCAUCAUCAUCAUCAUCUUAUUGUACAAAAGCGCUUUGAUUAACACAAUGGCUAUAUAGUUUUUUAAUUUUAGGAAAAACCUGUGGAGACAGUGACCUAGUCUUUGAGUCCUUUCAGUAUAAUGUCUGACUAAAGACAUGGCCUUUAAUAUCUGUUGGGAAGGAAAUGUCCAGACUUUUCAACCUUUUAUUGUAUGUUUCCUUUUCCUUGUUUACAUAGGGAACAAUGUUUAUAGUUGUGUGUACAGUGGGGGUCUACAACAAGAAGUGUAUAUUUUAAAACAAUUUUUUAAUGAUUUAACAAUUUUUUGUAAAUCAUUUUCGGGCUUCUGCAGCUGUAGAUUCUCACUGUGAAUUCCCUUGCUUGCUCAUGCAUAAGUGUAUUUGCAAUACCAAAUAUACAGGUUUAGUACUUUUGCCUGUUAGUGAUUGUUUUACAUGUGUAACGUUUUGGUUGAGAUGUUAAAUGGUGGAAGAGUACUGUGGAUGUGAAUGUGGGAAGUAAUUUUAAUCAUGUGUAAUUGGUCACAGGGCCUAAGUUGCAGUAAUUAACUUUUGCUGAUUUAUUUAACAAUGCCUUGUUGCUUUGUAUGCAUUAACGUUUGGGUGUAAAGAUUGUGUGUAUAUCCAACAGGGAGCCACAGUAUUUAAAUUGACCAACCUAAUGUUACAACUGCUUUGAGGUGGCCAAAUGUAAACUAAAAGCCUUAAUUAAAGUGGUGCAAUUUUGUAUGACUUAGCAUCAGUAGUUCAAUAAAUUUGGAUUGCCAUGCAAGGGCUUGCAUUACAGUUAUACUACUUGAAUGUUUUGUGUUUUAGUAGUGCUAGUAAGUAUUGGUUUUUAAAUCUCUUGCACAGUGCAGAUUCAUACAUCUUAGGAUGAAGAGGAACCUCUGUGUCUUUGUCUUCUGAAAAAUACAUGCCAUAGAUAUUUCUUCUAAUGGUAUCCCAUGUGUUAGUGUGAAUGAAUUUCUGACUGAAUGAAAUUCCAUUUAUUUCUGGACUUGGAAUACUCCAAGCUUUAACAAAAGAAACAGUCUAACAGAAAAAUACCUGUCUUCAAAGGUUACACUAUCAGUGGCUGUUUUGGAAACUUGAAAAUAUGUCACCUGCUAUUUUCCUUCUUUCCAGGGAGAAUUAAUUAUUAAAAUUUACUUAGUCUAGCAAAAAAAAAAAAAUAUGACAGAAUGAUUUCUUUUCCUGCAUUAUUUUUGCAUGAACCAAAUUUUGUUUGGUUUCAAGGAAAUCUGCAGAAGGGCAUUCUUACAGAAUUGACUGUAGAAUUUUGCAGACUUGAAAUACCUGUUAAUAGUGUUGGACUGGGAAUUGGAAUGCAUGGACUGUAGAUGAUUUCCUGAUCUUGGCUGUGCUGCUGAAAAUUAAUGUCACACCCAAAUACUUGGUACCUCCUGUUUCUCUGGCACAGAAUUGUCAGAGAGCUUGUUCAAAUUCAUUCCUGCAAAUUCAAACAGAUUAGGGUAGUUAAUACGGGUAAGCUUUGAGAUGGUUUAUGUUGCCCAAAGUGAAUUAAGGAGUCCAGCUGAUCCUUCCUGCUGGUAGUUUCAUCAGUCUUCACCAUUGUUUAAUGGAGGUAAUAUACUUCUACUGUGCAGAGCCAGAUUUAAGAUUCAAAUUCCUUUUAAUUUAUCAUUAAAAACUCUAAGAUGUGAUGAUCUCCAUCCUGCUUGGUCCCCAGAGUAGAAGAGACUGGAGCACUAGAUGUCCUACUUCUUUUUUCACUAGGUACCUACCUUCUUUGGUGAGCUAAUCAGAAUUUUUUUUUAUUUUCAUUUCCAACCUCUGCUUAUCCAAGUCUUGUAACAUUUUCAUGUCCCAGCUGUCCUUUUAUUGGUCUUUUUAAUGUGUUUCUUUUCCAGGCAGCUGUACAGAUGGCAUUGGGUAGGAGUGAGAGAAAACGUCUUUGAGAACAUUAUAAGAAAGGGCCUUGGUCUGGUCUUGAUGUCCAGCCAAAGAAUACUAUUGACAGGGAAGAUUAGGCUUUGUCCUGAAAAGCUCUUUACUGAAACAUUCUUGGUGGUUCUGUUCCUCAGCAUUAGAGGUAUUCAGUUGGCUCAAAUCCUUAAGGAAGUAAAAUUACAGAAUCUCUAGGCCUUAGCAUCUAAAGAUUGUGCUAAAGAAGGGAAAUAUGUUCCACACCCCCCACCCCCCCCCCCCCCCCGCCUCGUGUUUAGAACUUAUGUCAGAUGUGUGAAGCCAGCCCCUUGUAACCCGGGUAACACUUGAAAAUUCAGGCAAGCAUGAAGGGAGCAGUGUCCAUAUUGUUAAAGGGAAGAUGCCUGACAAAAAUGUUGCUGAUGAAAUGUAAAGAAAAACACUUAAGAAUUAUCUUCACCUCUAAAUAAUUGUGGUGUAAAAAGCUUUGUGAGCACCCAGUUCCCCAUGGGAAUUGGAACAAUGUAAGCAGUUACCUAUUCUAGAAAAGUAUCCUGUCUACUGAGAUUUUUGAACAAACUUGUCUUCAAGACAAUGCCAUUAUGUACCAAUGCUUAAAAAGUUCACACUUGAAGUACUUGUACAGAAACGGAACACUUCUCUUAAAGCUUUGGAUGAAAACAUGCAUAACUCACAUUUUGAGAAUUAUUGCAGGCGUUUUUGCAAAUUUGGUGUUAAUACAUGUUACUGCUUGUAUAGUUAGCCUAUGCUUACAGUGCACACUGCUUCCUUUCCUCUCUAAUCUGAAACUGAUAUAUGUCAGUAUUUAAAGUCUGAGCCUUUUAUGGAAAAAGUAGUAUUUAUGUCCUGAAAUACAGAAGUAUUAUUUAAUGGAAUUGCACUCUUCCUAUUAGGACUUUUUUCUUGCAAUAUCUUACCUUAUCCUAGUACCCUGUUUCAUUCUCAAAUUAUUCUGUGAAAUGAAUGUCACUUGCCUAUCUUAGAGGACUAUUUUGAGACAUGGCAAGAUGUUUUCAGAUGUCCAAAUGAGCUGUGUAAGCUCAAACUGCUACUGCUCUCCUGCAUAAGAGACCUAAAUUCUGGAAAAGUAUUGUAGAGUUAGAUAUUACAGUUGUUUCAUGAGGCGUACUGAUUCUGAGAUGCUAGAAAUGAAAGGUGGCAGGAGUUUGAAACUGGGAUUAAAAUGUUAGUAGAAUUGCAGUUCUCUUAUGGAUGAAGAGUGAAGAUGAGAAUUUUUCUUUUAAAAUGCUGUCAACAAGCUGGAUGAAUCAUACAUCAUUAAUUUUUUUGCUAAGUUUUCUAAACUUUGCCAGUUUUGAAAAUAGGGAAGAAGUUUGGCCACAAUACUGUACUAGUUCUAGAUAUACUUCAGUUUAGACAUACCAACAGUAGAAAGUUACACUAGGUGUGAGUGGUCAAAAAUAGUCUAUGUACAGCUAUGUAGCACUUUUUAAAUUGUAAUCUGAUGAUGCAGCCAAGCGUAGACAAAAAGCUUUUUGUUCAAUUUUAAAAUGCUGUCCCAACAGCAUUAGGCUAUAUUUCAAUUUAUUGCUUUUAUUUUGCCUGUGUGUGGGGAGAAAGAUAAAGACAAAUAAAAAGUUGAUUAAAUAUAUAACAAAUGCAAUUUUAAGUUGUUCUCUAAGGUAGCAUUAGAGUACGAGUUAUUAAAUUAGGUUUUUAUUUCUGAAUCUCAAGCAUGUUAUACUUUUCUUUCACAGGCUUAUGAACAACUUGAUGACUUCUAAAACCUCAUCUACCUUUUCCAUUUUAUAAACUCUGGAAUGCCACUUCUAUUUGUGGAAAACUGCAUUCUGAGUCUUGAACUAAAAGACAAGCCAAGUUGUUUCGUAGUCUUGAUUUUGUUCACAGUGUUUCAAAUCUGGGCUUCAAACAACAUAAAUGUGGAUUUUGCUGUGUUUUAUGUGUUUGGGAUUUUGGGGGGAGUUGUUUGUUUGUUUGUUCAUUCUAAAUAACUUCCAACGCGUUUAUUUUCAGAAGUCUGAGUCAUCAAGCAGAGAGUGACUUCCUGUUUUCUAAGAGUUGUCUUUAGGUGGAGAUUUGUUAAUGGAUAAAAUAAUCUCUUUGCAGUUCCACUGUACUCACUUCAGUCUCAAGAGAUCCUAAUUCUGCCAAACAACAAACUACAGCUUCAUUGUUUUAAGAAAGUUUACUACCACCAGGAUUUUUUUUCAUUGAAGUUGUGACUGGGGUGAACUUCAUUGAGAACCAUUGUAAUUUCUAAUUAAUUUAUGUAAUGUCUUUUGUUUACCAUGGACUUGGAGGUGUGGGGCAUUUCUGCAACCUUGAAUACUGAGUGAAAUCCUAGUGGGUGUUACAGUUCAUUCUUUUGUUACUUUGCUUUACUUUUUCAUACUAUGUGGCAUUUUAAACUUCCAAAUUUAGUAGGGAGCAAAUUCAGUAGCUUCACUCCUAUAUUAAGUACAAAAAGAUCUUUUCAUGUGAAAUUCCAGCUCUUAUCAGCUGGGUUUACUGCUUGUAAUGCACCCAGUAGCAACAAAGACCCUUGGCAGUACUGUCAUGAUUUUCAGACACAAAUAAAAUAAGUUACAAAUUUG